CCUGUCUUGUCAAAUUAAAUUGGCAUUUCUAGUUAAGACUGACAUCUCCGCAUGCCUACUCUAAAUAUAGCUUCAUAUACAACUUAUACCACUCUUGUCAUUCUAUUCUUAUAAUUUUUUUUAUUCCGCUCUAAAAAAAAAUCUUCAGAACGUCAAAUUUGUCUCGAGAGACUUCAAAAAAAUUUUCAUUGUUUCCCCACAAACCAGAUCAAGAUCUAUAUAAAAGCAUUUACAUCGAGGGAAUCCAACUAUGACUGUCGCAUCUGCUCCUAGAAUCCUUAGAACUGUUCAGCAGGUAAGGCAGUGGAGACUCGACUGUCUUCUUAACCGUGAAUCAGUUGGAUUCAUCCCAACCAUGGGAGCUCUUCACGCUGGUCACUGUUCACUCAUUGCUGAAUCUUUGAAACAAAAUGACCAUACUAUGGUCUCAAUCUUUGUGAACCCUUCUCAGUUUGCUCCACAUGAGGAUUUAGAUGCUUAUCCGCGUACAGUAGACUCUGAUAUGGAUCAACUUACAAAGGCAUUUACUAAAAAGCAAGUAUCUGCAGUAUUCAUCCCAAAAGUUUCAGAAAUGUAUCCAUCAGGUAUUGAAUUGGAAGUUUCCAAGCAACGUGGUGCCUUUGUUACGGUACAUGGAUGUUCAGAACAACUUGAAGGUGGUUCUAGACCUCAGUUUUUCCGUGGUGUUGCCACGGUAGUGUCAAAAUUACUCAAUGUAGUCACACCAGAAAAAGUUUAUUUUGGCCAAAAGGAUGCUCAACAAUGUGUAGUGAUCCGUAAUUUGGUUAAGGAUAUGUUGAUUAAUACCGAGGUCGUUGUGCUACCAACACUCAGGGAAUCAAGUGGAUUAGCCAUGUCUUCAAGAAAUGCAUACCUUUCCGAAGAGGCAAAGUCGGAAAGUUCCGUUAUUUAUAGAGCAUUAAAGGCAGGUGAAUCCUUUUACGAUGAACAUUCCAAGGAUGGUGAAGCUGUAGAUGCAUAUUUGAUCUCAAAUGAGAUCCGCAAUGUGCUUAGUACUGCACCAAGUGGCUUUAAAUUGGAAUAUCUUUCCAUCAGUCAUCCAGAGACUUUGGAUGACUUGACCACAGUCAAACCAGGAAUCGGCGCCUUAAUUUCAACUGCAGUCCGUGUUCCAAGAGAAGAUGGUCAAGAGACCAGACUUAUAGAUAACAUUGUUCUCAAAUAA